UUGACGUCACAACCUGGCCUCAAUAUAUUCACCGCGUAUGACAACAGCUCGCCAUUACACUUGCCACCCGAGUCUGUUGGAUGUUUAUUAAGCCGGAAUUCAAACAAAUGUUGGGGAUAUACAAAACUAUAGCCGUCUUUCUCGGUACACUGUCGUCAUUGCAUGCUGCAAGUACAGACAGAUGUUUCGAGGAAAUCACACUUACUGGGGACACAGUAAACAUAACAUCGCCAGGAUAUCCAAAACCUUAUGGCGCAAACGUGUCUUGCGGAUGGGAGAUACACACAUCGACACCAUAUCGUCGAAUUGGCAUUCACAUUGCAAAUUUUCCUUGGAAUCGUCCCUAAAUUGCCAAUUUGACAGUCUGUCUUUCUACGAUGGGCCAAACAGAUCCAAGGUACCCAUGUUCAAAUUUUGCGGCGAAGAAUCAACCCCGAGCAGCUUCCUCAGCAGCAGAGACAGCAUGUACAUAGAGUUUAUCUCUGAUUCUUCCAAGAAUGCAGCAGGGUUUCGCAUCAACGUUAUGGAUGUUGAACAAUGCGGUGGAACGUUGACAGCAACAUCACAACCACAACACCUCACUUCUCCGGGAUAUCCUUACACCUACUUCAAUAACCUUAACUGCACAUGGAUCAUUACAGCGGAAAAUGAAACCGAUACAGUUGGACUGAGAGUUCUAGAUUCAGAUAUUGAGAAAGCUCCAUCUGCCUCAAAUGCCUGCCGCUAUGAUGUCCUUCGUGUUUAUAAUGGAUACACGGCUGAAGCUGAUCAAUAUCUAGGGCAAUCCUGUUCAAACCAGAUGCCCAGAUACCAGAGUUCGAAGAAUUCGCUGGUAGUACAGUUUACCACCGAUAUGAGCACAACUAAGCAAGGCUUCAGGCUACAAUAUACUGCACGAAAAGUUGGUGACUGCAACAAUACGUAUCCUGUGUAUUCCUCCCCCCAAGUCAUUGUGUCACCUGGAUACCCGGACUCUUAUGAAAGGAACUUGGAAUGCUUCAUAAUACUGGCCGAUCUAUCACAAUCAACGCCAGGAAACUUGAAACUGGACAUCGUGGACUCGGAUUUAGAUGGUGCCUACCCAAACUGUGAAAAUGACUCGGUUACUCUUUAUCAAGGUCAGAGAGGGAGCCGCAUUGGAGAGAUUUGUGGUGAUUCUUCAACAACCCCAGUGGGCCCUUACUACUCCAACGGAUUAGUCAUGACAAUGGUGUUCAAGACCAACGGUGACACAAGUAGUCGGGGCUUCCGAAUCCGUGCUUCACACAGCAUACGGAAAGUGGUACCACCUCAGUCAGGAAACUGUGGCUCUCGGUUCCUUAAUGCGACCACAAAUCGACAGUUCUUACAGUCCCCUGGAUACCCUGUACGAUAUCAAAACAAUGAAGACUGUCGGUGGACAAUAACGGCUUCUAGUCCAAAUAUGAUGGUGCGCAUCGAAGUUAUCGACUCGGAUAUAGAAUCUAAUGAUCGAAGUUACGUAACCUGCAGAUAUGACCAUGCUACGGCUUAUGACGGACCAUCAAUUUUUAAUGACACAUUAUCAUCAUGGUGCGGCCCUUCACGACCGACCUUUCAAAGCACUGGAUCAGCUGUGACAUUUCACUUCCAUACAGAUACAGCAACAGCUAAAAGAGGCUUCAAGUUGGCAUACUUUGAAACGAAUGAACCAUACCAUUGUGGGGGAACUCUGAAUGUCACUACGACUGACAUCACAACACUAACAUCGCCUAACUACCCUGGACCUUACCCAAACCGCCAGGAAUGCAUCUGGACCAUACAUGCUCCAGCAAACACGAACAUUGAAGCUAAAGUCAGGAACGCAUUGUUUGAAUCACCAUCCCAAUGUACAUACGAUUUCCUGGAAAUACACGAUGGAGUAAGUACCAGUACAUCAAAUGCCGGGAAAUUCUGUGGGGAUGACACUGACUACAUCAGUUCCGGCCACAUCAUCACCGUAAGGUUUCAUUCUGACUCAUCAACCAGACGCAAAGGAUUUCAAAUGCAACUCAAAGCGGGACACUUCAGCGUUUCUGUGACAGAAGAGUUUUCAGCUUCCUACAGCAGCGAGUACAUAUAUUCUCCGAACUACCCAUUUAAUUACCCGAGUAACGCUGACGUCGGCUGGAAGAUCACCGCAGAUGAAUACUACAUUAUCAAAGUCAACGUUAUGGAAUCUAGAAUCGAAAACUCUUUCGGUUGUGUCAGUGACUACGUGGAGGCAUUUGACGGGCCGAAUUCCAAUGCCCCUUCACUUGGUCGCUGGUGUGGAAAGAGUGAACCUAUCAAACGCAGUUCUGGUCAAGUUAUGUUCCUGAAAUUCAAGUCUGAUUCAUCUGGUGUUGAUCGUGGGUUCAAGAUAGAGUAUACCAACGAAUACAGUUAUCAUUCACCCGAUUUCGAAUCUGAUGUUGGAGCUAUUGUUGGGGGUACGCUUGGUGGCGUGUUUCUUGUGCUUCUCAUAAUAAGUGUAAUCGGCAUAUACAUCUACAAACACGGCCAACGCACCACCGCCACCAACAUUCCAGUGCAAUAUACUGUAGGCCAGGUACCUGUGAUCAACAACUUUGGCCAAGCACACGUCACCAACGCAAUGCCCGCCACAACCUUCACUGGACCUCCUGCCUACACACUGGCAGCUCAAGGAGCUGCUAUGCCGUCUUCAGGGUACGUCAAUGCGGAAGCAUUGCCCAACAAAUAUUGAAGAUCAAAUUUGUUCAACCGUCAUCGAUUAUUAAAAAUAGCACCCCAUUGACGUCCAAUCAAAUGACUUAAGCUGAAGUGAAGAGGUGCUGUGGCGAAUAGCUAUGGGGUACUUAUCCUCAUAGAAUGGAACUAUACACUUGUGUUCGCUUUACACCAUGUGUAGUAUAAUAAAGCAUACUGGUGCCCUUAAAAAGUAAACUACAAUUAAAGCAAGAACGAUGCCUCCAAUAGUGCCUUAGAACACGUUUGGUAGUGGUCAGAGGUUUUGUACAGCUUUGUGGCGUCAGCCCAUUAUUUCAAAAGGUGUAAAUUUGGCACAGGAUGCACAGGAUCAUUUGACGAUGCAGCUUAAAACAGAUAAUCGGUAACAGGAUACGGCAUGAUCUGAUAUGUAUUGAUUUGUGUAUGUUAUCUCGCAUAUUUUUCACGAAUGAUGUUCAUGAAAAAGAAAAUAAGAUAAUAUGCGAAUUCAGUUUUAUGGAUAUCUUAACAAGAAUGUAUAAAAAUGUAUAGUUCUUUGAUGCUUUUUUCUCGGAAAACUUCAACGUUGUACAGAAAUGGAUAAUGCCAAUUUCAGUGAUCAUGUAUGUUUAUCCGUGUCGUGCACAAAACAAAUCUCUGACAGUCAUGGAUUCAGAUGAUUUUGUUUGAAUUGAAUUUUAGUUAAACGUCACUUUUAUCCUGCAACCAAGAUUGGAAAUGAUCUAUGAAUAUUGCCAACCGCUAAAACACGGUAAUUUUCUGUUCUGUUUUUCUGUAUGUUUUUAAUUUUCAGCUAUAAUGUAAAUAAAGCGACCACGUAUGUUCA